AUGGCUACUUCUUCUUCCAUCACCAAAGUGCCCCUCAAGCUUUAUGUCGACCCCGAAAAUGACAAAGUUGUGUUUGCUGAAGCAUCAAAAGUUGUCAUAGACUUUCUUUUCGACUUUCUAUGUUUGCCUAUCAGCACUGUAGUAAAGCUGGUGAGCACAAAUGGCAUGGUAGGUAGUUUAGGAAAUCUGUAUCAGAGUGUUGAAAACCUCAACCAAAGUUUUAUGCAGCCAAACCAAACUAAGGAUGUUCUCUUAAACCCAAUAGCUCAAAUCUCUUGUAAUGGAAUCUCAGGCUUCCUAACUUCACAGAAAGACGAAGAUCUCAACUAUGAGCAACGAACUAAGUUAUACAUGUGCUCUGAUAGGUGUAAUUUGUGUGUGACAAAUGAUUACACGACUCGUUGUGCUGGUUCGUUUGACCGUCAUGGGCACUUUGGGUAUUAUCCUUGCUCGAACAACAUGAACUUUGAAGUAAGUUAUAGAAAUAUGAAGGUUGAUGAAAAUAAAAGUUUCAUUCAUAAUGGUUUUGUGAAAGACGAGAUCACUUUUAUAGUGAUGGACGAUUUGGUCAUUCAACCCAUAUCAAAAGUGUCUGAUAUAUCUACCUUGCUCAAGAAAUUCAAUGUCAAAGAUAUCAAUACUUUGCAAGAAAAGGAUGUUGAAAUUGGGAUGGAUGAGAGCAUCAAGUUACUUAAGGCUUCUCUGGAAACAAAGAUGGUCUUGACAAGUGUUUUCCACAAGAAGAAAUAUUGAUAUGUGUAAUUGGUUUAUCACAUAAGGGAUAAUUAAGUCAGUAUAUGUUUAGAUUGAAGGGAUAAUUGAGUGCAGAAAAUGGUCAGUAUAUGUUUAGAUUGAAGGUUAUAUGUUUCUAUGUUUUAUAAAAUUAGAUAUUUGCCUAAACUUUCUUCUUGUGUUGUUAACUGUUUGUUCGGUUAUGCUACUAAAGUGCUCCAAAAUAGCACUAGCACAUUUAUCAUAACUAAAAUCUUU